UUAAUUUCGAACCUUUUUCGCUCAUGUUUAUUCCAAUUUUAGUUUUUUAUAUGUUGGGGUUUGGUGAUGUUGUGUUUCUGUGCUGUGAUUGGUUAGUUUAUUGAAAUUUUGUUUCUUACUAUAUUUUUCAUUGAUGGCGGAUUAUAUCGUUUUAGGUUCUGUCGUUUGAUAGGAAUUUGGAUUUAGAUGUGGGCCUUUUUGAGGAUCAUGUGUUCUCAAAUCUUAUACACUCCUCUUUUGAAUAAUAGUAUAUUAUUGAUUCUGAUUGAAUUGGUGCAAAGUUAUAUUCUUUUCAAGCUAUUUUGUGGUGAAUGAUACGAUCACAAGAAUAAAGAGAAAUCCAAGAAAGAUUAAAGAAAGUCGGUGGGAAGCUUUCAACUAGCAACCUUAAAAGUCAGGGAAUAAAAGCAUCGCAAGAAUAUGAAACAAUCAAGAUGCAAAAGCUUAUUAACCAGUACCUUCUCUUCCUGUCCAAGAUGGGGAAACAGGCUGAUAGGCUUUGGAUAGAAAUGACAGAGAUUGAGAAAGGGAUUCUACAACUCAUAACAAAAUACAAAAUAGGAAGGCUCAUCAUGGGAGCUUCAGCUGAGACAUUCACCCCAAAGAAGCUGUCAGCGACCAAUUCUAGCAAAGCUAUGAUCGUCUGCCAACAAGCUCCAUCAUCAUGCCAUGUCUGGUUUAUUUCAAAGGGGAGGCUCAUAUACGAAAGGCCUGUUGGAUUUCAUUGUCAUUCAACCACUGUUGUGCCACUUUCACCUCCAAUAAGUAGAAGUGGAAUGGCACAAACCAGUAAUCCGGAGGAAAACAUAGAUGUCAAAGUCGGAUCUGUUAAGGAUAUUGGUCACUCAGCCAGAUCAACAGAAGAUGUAGAUGGAGAAUUGAACACGGCACCAGCAGUGGGUGAGACAAGUCAAGAUGGUUCGACUUUAUUUCUGAAAGUGGACUUUCCAGAUCAUCUACCAAGUCAUUCUUCUAACACUUCGCUGGACUCUGAAUUUCAAGAACAAGAAAUGUGUGAUUUACAAAGUAAACUAAAGCAUACUAUGAUAGAUGCUGAGGAGUCGAAACAGACAGAAAUUAAAGAGCCGUUGCAACAGAAAGCUGGAGAAGAUAUCUUGGAGGCUCUGAGCAAGGCUGAGGCAGCAGAAAAUCUUUUGAUGGACGAGAUUAACAGAACUAAAGAAAUUGAGGAACUGUUGCUCAGAGUAAGGCAAGAAACUGAGACAAUGAAAAAUCAGCACGAUGAAAUUCUAAAAGAACUUCAGCUGAUUGAGGCCCAGAAGCCUGCACUAGAAAGACAACUAAGUGAAACCCGCUGUUCAGAGAGAGAGCUAGAAGACAAGAUUGUUCAAGCUGUGAAUCUCUUAAUAACAUUUAAGGGAAAACGGGAUGAAUUGCAGAUGGAGUACGAUUCUUCUGUAAGGAAAAUUAACAGAUAUAGGGCAUUGCAGACAGAGGAUCCUUCAGUAAUAUCGCCUGCACAUUUUUUUGGAACCAGUUUCUCGGAUAUCAUUGAGGCUACCGAAAAUUUUAAACCAUCUCAAAAAGUUGGAGAGGGAAGGUAUGGAAGUGUUUUCAAGGGAAUGCUUAACCAUAACAAGGUAGCUAUAAAGAUGUUACCGUCUUCGGGUUCUCAGAGUGAUUCGGAGUUCAAGAUUGAGGUGGAAAUUCUGUCGAGAGUGAGACAUCCAAAUCUUGUUACACUUUUUGGUGCCUGUCCAGAGUCGAGAUCACUCAUAUAUGAAUACAUUGAAAAUGGCAGCCUUGAAGAUUACCUUUCCAACCCUGCCAAAGCUUGUUCUCUUCCAUGGCAGACUCGGAUAAGGAUUGCUAUUGAAACAUGUACUGCCCUCAUGUUCUUGCAUGCGAACAGCAGCUGUAAUUUACAUGGAAACUUAAAACCCUCAAAUAUUCUUGUUGAUGUACAUUUUGUCACCAAAAUAAGUGAGUUUGGCAUCUCAAAUUUGGUGUCCCAGAACGAGAAUCGUUUGAAUUUGUACACAAGUGAUCCAAAAGAUCUUGAAUACAUUGAUCCAGAAUCUCUUGAAACUGGGGAGCUCACCCCAGAAUCUGAUGUGUUUUCGUUCGGGAUGGUACUUUUAAGACUAUUAACUGCAAGAGCGGCUAGAGGGGCAUUGAGGGAUGUGAAAUGUGCUCUCGAAAGAGGAAAAUUAGACAGCAUACUCGACAUGUCAGCUGGGGAGUGGCCACUCGGGACAGCCAAGAAGUUGGCUAAUUUGGCUUUGAAAUGCUGUGAACACGAUAGCAUGGAUAGGCCAGAUCUUGUGUCGCAAGUUUGGGCUAUUCUUGAGCCGAUGAGGGAGCUGUGCUCUGCCUCCGCCUCAUCAUCUGUGGAUUCGGGGAGUAAGCGCAAAAUACCUUCUCAUUUUGUCUGUCCCAUUAUCCAGGAUGUUAUGACGGAUCCGCAUAUAGCCGGAGACGGCUACACAUAUGAAGCAGAAGCAAUACAAGGUUGGUUCAAUAGUGGCCACAAAACUUCACCAAUGACAAAUCUCAUGCUUGACAAUUGCGACCUAAUUCCAAACUAUGCUCUUUAUUACGCCAUUCAGGAGUGGCACCAAACUGCAUAAAUCACCUCUUUCUCUCACACACACUCACGCAUUCUUCCUCUGCUUCAUAUGUAUGUGAACUCGUGUACACUGAUUCGAUCUGUUGGUUAUUAAGUGCCUAUAUACACUUGCAUUGCCAGA